AUGGGUUCUCCCCUCGGAGUACUUUUCGCGAACUUCUACAUGGGUGCUGUGGAGCGUCGGGUGUUCGCCACCAUCGAGAAACUGUCUAUGCGGCAGACCACCGUCGCCUCCGCCUCUUUAGAGGCCCUACACAUCGGGGAAGGGAGAGACCCAGACUCAACACCACUCAAGAGACGGCACUCCUUCCGACAGUGGCACGUAGGGCGCCCGCCCGCCGGCACCAUAGAGCCGAUCGAACGGACCAAUCAGUGCCCCUCCCCUCCCAAUACUACGCUCCCAAUCAAGCAGGGGUCGUCGUCGGUGUUGGUAUCAUUCCGUCAUCUUCUUGGCUGGUUAGCAGUAGAAGUGAAGAGAUGGUAUCUGCAUGCCGAUGUUUAUAGUGGCUCGAAUCCUAGAGCCGCGUCCUCAUUGGUCGAGCCGGUCUGGGGCAAAGUCUGGGAUCUCUCGUCGAUGAAGAACAGGACAGUAACUAAGAAGCUCGUCGCCCUCAAUGGGGGCAAGAUACACCUCCCACAAGGGCGUGAAGAGUACAUCAACCUCACCGACCAUGUCCCUACACCAGAAGACAAGAUCCUACGGAUGGGCCUUAACUGCCACUUCAUCACACAGCCGAGGCCGAUGGAUAAACGACUAGAAAUCGAAUAUCUCCUCGAUGGCAUCCAAAAGCAAGAAGACCUUGGGAACCUACAGACGACUAAUGCCCUUCAACCACUUCUGCUUGCCGAGGUCCUCACAGACCAUGGAGACUACCGCAGCGAAGAAAUUCUAGCAGACACCACGAAAUUCAGCAGGAUCACUAAGAAUCCCGUCAACGACAUCAAACAAGGGAACCCCCUUCGCCCAAUUAUUAGCCAGAUCCCUGCCCCAACGUACCUGUUGGCCAAGAAGCUUAACACCAUUCUGACCCUGUAUGUCUUGGACACCUACAGCUUGAAGUCGUCGGCCGAGUUCCUGGAAGACCUACGAGUAACGCCCGCCGGAGGAUGUAUUGCUUCGAUGGAUAUGGAGUCCUUAUUUACCAACGUCCCCGUCGAUGAGACCAUUCAAAUGAUCUUGGACAAGGUAUACAGGGACCCCGAUACACCACCCUUAAACAUCCCUGAACAUGCCCUUCGUGCCCUGCUGGAAAUCUGCACUAAGAAGGCCCCCUUUUCCGACCCCCGUGGCUGCGUGUACACCCAGAUCGACGGGGUGGUGAUGGGUUCUCUCCUUGGAGUCCUCUUCGCCAAUUUUUACAUGGGCACCGUCAAAGGGAGGGUCUUCCAGAAUUCCAGCAAACCAAGGAUGUAUGUGCGCUACAUCGAUGACACCUUCGUCAGCGCCAACUCCCGGGAAGAGAUUGAGCAGUUGCAAUGUGCAUUUCAUGAUCACAGCUGCCUUUCCUUUACCAUAGAACACUGCCAAGACCACCGCCUCCCCUUCCCCAAUGUCCUUGUCGAGUAG